GUCAAAGAAGAAGAAACAUUCUUCUAAGAAAUCUGACAUCUCUAUCUCCAGUUUUGUUAUCUUGUCAAUUGCUGUCAAACCACACACCACAAUAAUUACCACAAGUAAAAAGGAAGUGUCUGGAAUUUUCCUUGGAGAUAAUUUAAUGAAGGUUGAAAAUAUUUAAUUAUAACGUCUAUUAUUUUAAAAUAUGUCGUUGAACACUGCUCAUCUGAAUGGUGGAGUAUUGAUACAUUCUGGUGAAUGUAUAUUGCUCUUUUGUGAAAAUGUUACAAUUGAAUGGUCUGGCCAGAAUGAACCUGCCUUCAAUGGUUCGAAACAUGGACGCAUUUAUCUAACAACUCAUCGAAUGAUUUUUAAUAAUAAGGCUGGAAGCGAUCCCAUGCAAUCAUUUAGUUUUCCAUUUAUUACAUUGAGUGAGGUUGGUGUUGAACAACCUAUAUUUGGGGCUAAUUACAUCAAAGGAAAAGUACGGGCCCAACCGAAUGGAAACUGGAUUGGUGAAGCUAAAUUCAAAGUGACAUUCAAAACUGGGGGAGCAAUUGAUUUUGGAGAAGCUAUGUUGAAAGCAGCCCAAUUGGCUACAAGAAAUGCCCAAAGGGAUGCCCCACCACCUUAUGUACCGCCUCAAACUCAAUGGUAUGCUGCUCCGCCUCCGGCGUAUGCCCCACCCCCUCAAGGUUACUACGGGUGGAGUCCGCCAACUAACGUGUUUCCACAACAACCACCAACAGGUGCUGUCUUCAUGACAGAUGCUCCCCCACCUUAUCCAGGUAUAAACGUUCCUGGACAUGCCCCUCAUCCUCAAGGAGCUCAAGGAUUCGGGUAUCCACCUCAACCACAAGGUUUUGGUUUCUCACAACCGGGUUACGGUCCACCAGGUGCUGCUGGGUUUGCUCCUGGGGCGUCUGGUGGCAUGCAACAGCCUGGGUUCAGCUCCGCUGACGCUAAAGCAGCAGAGGCAGCACAAUCAGCUUAUUAUGAUCCCAAUCAACCUCAGAUGGCUUAUGUACCACCACCUGCUUAUUAUGAAAAUCCACCUUCCUAUAACAACGCAACUAAUAACAACAACAAAAAAGAACAGUAAGCUGCUAAUGAAUUGUUAUAUUUACUCAUUAUCUGUAAAUUUAUUGUACUGUUUAUUACUAUUCCUUUAAUAUUAGUUUAUAUAUUUGUUGAGAAGAAAUCGAUUUAUAAAUAUAUUAUAUAAUUUCAUGGAGUUUUCACUAUGAAUAUAAUACAAAUUCUCAGCACUUCGAAUUGUAUUUUAUGUAUUCUUAAAUAAAUAUCUUUAAAUUUC